AUGGCGGACUGCCAGUGUCCACAAGCUCGCUCAAACGGCGUAAAACUACAGCGUCAUAUCAUUAUUACAAGACAGUAAAGGCUGUCACCUAUAACGGAAUCUGUGUUUGUUUAGGCAUUAAAACAUUCGUAAUAUUUCUAGCAAUUAAAAAUGUGUGGGAAGGCGAAUGUAAGCUCAUGAGCGCUAAACAUAACUUGGUAGCUAAGCUAACUAGUAAACAGGCUGCUCUGCUAGCUUCACACACAGGUGAAUAACGCUGAACAUUGUGGUGAGAGGACUCUUUAGCUUAUCAAAACUCUCACCAACAGGAUGAAGAGGGGGAAAUGGCAACCGUACAGGAGACAAGGUGGUACACAACGCCAGGGAUGGCACAGAGGCAACCGGCACAGGUCCACACAGGAGCAGCAGUGGUAUGGUCAGGAUGAAGCCUCUGAGGGGAGACAUGGACACCAUUCUGCUUCCUCCUCCUCCACUUCUUCCUCAUACUCCUCAUCUACCUCUUCUUCCUCUACUGCCAACAGUGCCGCACCAGAGUUGCCAGGUUUCUACUUUGACCCAGAGAAAAAUCGGUAUUUCAGACUUUUGCCAGGGCACAAUAACUGUAAUCCACUGACCAGAGAGCAGCUACAGGAAAAAGAGAGGGAGAAGCAGAGAACCAGGAUGCUUGCAGAAGAUGAAAAACUCAGAAAAAAAGCACCGAGAGCAGGAUUGAACACGUCAUUGCUGCUACAGAAAAGACAUCUUGGUUUAUUACCUGACAACUCCUACUGCAGGCUGGUUCAUGAAGUGAAGGUCAGUGGAAUGAGACGCCACAAACUAGAAAUCCAGAGCACUGACAACAGCAGCCCUAACACUGACAAUUUCAGAGUCAUAGUGGGAGAUUCAGCUUGUGAGCGAGUGUUCACAGUAAAUGACGUCUCACAUGGAGGCUGUAAAUACGGCAUCAUGAACUUCAGUGGCACCAGUCAGGGCUCUCUGUCUGCAGAAAUGUGUGACAAUGUCUACUUCACCAACCGCAAGGUGAACUCCAUCUGCUGGGCCUCCGUCAACUAUCCAGACUCUCAUGUAUUACUUUGCCUGGUGGGAGCGGCAGACACUCCAGGCUGCGUUAGUUUACUUCCUGCAUCUCUUUUCAGUAAUUCCAGCCCAGAUCAGCCAGGGAUGCUGUGUAGCUUUAAAAUACCUACUGCUUGGUCUUGUGCUUGGUGCUUCAACCCCCAGUUUGACAAAACCUUCAGCUCUGGCCUAUCACGUAGGGUAAUACUGAAAGACGCAGAGACUGGCCGAACACAGACGUACAACGUCAGCAGUGAUGUCUUGGCUCAGCACUUUGCCCGGAGGGUCCCUGUGCUGUUUAACGGCUGCCGCUCAGGGGGGAUUUUUAGCAUCGACCUACGGCAGCGUGUCCGUAGGAGUCAAACCUGGAAGACCAGUCGCUUCCAACAAGAGUCAGCCAUCACCUCGGUCCGCGUCCUCCAGGAUGAGAACUACCUGUUAGCUGCUGACAUGAUGGGCCAGAUAAAGCUGUGGGAUGUGCGGGUGACCAAGCCAGUGCAGCAGUACAAAGGGCACAAUAAUGAACACGCUUACCUUCCAGUCCACGUCAGUGAACCAGAGGGGCUUGUUUUGGCAGUGGGUCAGGAUUGCUACACGAGGAUAUGGAGCCUCAGGGACGGCCACUUGCUGAGGACCAUCCCAUCACCACACCCAGCAGCCAACGAUACUAUCCCCAGCAUCGUCUUCUCCUCCAAGUUGGGGGGCUGCAGGGGUCUUCCUGGUUUGCUCAUGGCUGUCAAACAUGACCUGUACUAUUUCCCAUACAACACAGACUACCAGGAAGAAGGAGAACAACAGGGAAUUCUACUUUGACACAGGUUCUAAAACUACAAACUGAAUUUUUUUUUUUUUUUUGCCUUAUUCAGAAUAUCAGCAGUGAAUUGAAAAUAAACUCUGCGUUUAAUAAUUGAAAACGUUUGGUAAAAGUGUAAUGGAUUUUAAAGAAACAGCAGCACUCUGCAGUUUAUGUCUAAAACGCUGACCUCAGAAAGUUACAGUGAAGUCUCAGGUGAAUAUUUGCUUUUUUGUACCCAGAUAAAAUGGAGGCACAGUUACACCAUUCUAAAAGCUCACCUUGAAGUGCACUUGACGGAAUAGAGUUUUUUUAAUUCAGGACAUAGACGUUCUAUUUAAUGUGAUGAAAAGCAAUCGUUUGACUUGUUUAAACAUUUUUAUUGUCAAUAUAAGUGAAAUUACAAAAUUCAGUAAAGGUUUUGUCUGUGUGUAUUUUUUUUUAACUUGUUUAUUUGGAUUUUAUACAAUAUAUACAGUUGCGGAAAAAAUUAUUAGACCAUCAAAAGU